UGAGAACUUUACAUUUGGAAUUUAAGUGAAAAUUAUUCGUUUGUUUAAUUAAAUCAUUACUAAAUAAGUGCAAACUAAUAUUAAGUAAUUUGAAGUUAACGAAGGAAAGUUAUAUUUCAAAAAUAACAUUAUGCAAAGAUCUCCAGUUAAGCGAGGAAGGCCUCCACUCACAAGAUCGAGAACAGAGAACAAAGAAGCCUAUUCUGGUACUUCAAGCUCAAAACUCAUUACGGAUUAUGGAAUACAGUUGAAUAGUAAAUUGCAAGAAGAAAUAAGUGAGUUUGAUCAACAAACUUUAUUAAGUUCAACAGGUGAGUCAUCUAACGUUAAAUCAAAUUCGGUUACUAAUUUGGCAAGUCAUUUUGACACUUCUAAUGCACUUUUAUGGUCUAAAAUAUCUGAGUUAAUAAAUGACUCAAAUGAUAAACUGCUAGAACAAAUGGUUUAUAUAAAAGAAGAUAUAGAAAAUAUACGCCACGAAAUACGUGAGUUCAAGGAAAAACAGUUAUACAUAGAGAAGGAAAUUAAAAAUUUACAACAACAAUUAGAAGAACAAAAAAGUGAAAAUGAACUAAUGCAAUUCAAAAUAGAUUCUUUAAAUAACGAUUAUAAUUAUAAAAAUAUAAUAGUAUACAAUUAUCCUGUUGACAAAUCUAUAUCAACAUCAGAAGUAUAUAAGUUCAUGACAGAUGUACUUAAUAUUAAAGAUAUAUCCCAAUCCGAUAUAACGGAAACAAACUUAUUAACAAAGAAACCCAACAUAGUAGUAAGAAUAAUAUUUAAUAAUAGGCAAACCCGUGAUAAAUUCUUCUAUAAUUUUAUUCAAGAAAAACAACUAAGAAAUACAUCAAAUGAAUGGAAAGACAUGCAAAUGGCACCAGAAUUAACUAAAAACUCAAGAUUAAGAAGGAAAAAGUUACUCCCAAUUUUCUAUGAAUGGCGAAAACAAAAAGAUCAAGUGAAACUUCGUAACGAUAUAUUAAUGAUAAACCAAGAAAAAAUAACAUAUAGUUUAAAAUCGUGUAAACUGGUUUAUGUAAACAACUUUCAUCCUUAUAGUGUCCAAAUAGAUAGGAACAGCUGAUACCAAGACAAACAAAAACAUAAUCAAAUCAACAGCACUAUAAAAAAUAAUCAAAUGGUGUCCAUAAUAAAUUGGAAUGGUCAAGGAAUAAAAAAUAAAAUGUCAUCAAUAGUUAGAAUUUGCACUAAAUAUGAACCGGACAUCUUAGCAAUUACUGAAACUUGGGUUACUUCUAAUCUAUAUUACAACAAAAAAUUUUUCAAUAAUUAUAUAGUAGAGGCGAUUCAAGCACAGAAACCAAGUGGUCCGGGCCAUCCUAGUGGAGGAGUAUGCAUUCUGAUAAAA